GUGAUGAUAGAUUUUUUUGCAAAAUAUUGGCUUAUAUCCAGACUCCAGAGAUAGCUAAACACAGACUUUUCGUUAGUUGACCAACCCCAAUACUACUUUUUUUGUGUCCAAAAUCACGGAGGAAAUAUAUUUCCAGAAAGAAUCUUGAGAAGUUUGUUAAAGAACAACUUCUAUCAUGGAUCAAGAAACAACUUCACUUGUAGUCUCUUUGCUCUUUCCAUUCCUGGUUUCCACUUUGAUUCUUUACAUAUUCCUGAGAAGACACCACAAAUCUUCUUCUUCAAGAUCCCUUAAACUCCCACCAUCGCCUCCGAGACUUCCUAUAAUCGGAAACAUUCAUCAGCUCAGUCCCAUCCUCCAUCAAUCCCUGGAAUCUUUAGCUCAGAAAUAUGGCCCAGUGAUGAUGAUUCACAUAGGCAGCAAACCAGUACUCAUAAUCUCUUCUUCAGAUGCAGCAGAACAAGUCUUGAGAAGAAACGACCUCAAUUUUCUCGACCGGGCUCAACCCACCUAUAUUGGGAAACUUUCCUACGAUUUCAAAGAUAUGAUUUUUCAACCCUAUGGAGAUUAUUGGAGGCAAUUGAGAUUCAUUUGUGUUUCUCAGCUUCUGAGUAACAAAAGGGUUCAGUCAUUCAGAAGCAUACGCGAACAAGAGAUUGGGAAAGUGUUGGAAAACAUACGGAAGUCUUGCGUAUCAGGUUUGUCUACUUAAUUAGAAGGAUUUAAAAGUUAUAAUUUCCUAAUUAGAUUUUGCUUUUAGGUUACUGAUUAUGGGUUUUAUUUUAUUUUUUUCCCUUUUUUUUUUUUUUUUGUUGCUGUCCUCAAUUUUAGCAGGAACAACUGGUUCCAUCAUAUGCUUAAGUGAGAUUGUAACAACUCUUACUAGUAAUAUACUUUCUUUGGUGGUGUUGGGGAAAAGGCACUCUGGUGAAGAAGGAAAUAAUGGGAGUCAUAAGUUGUCUUCGGCCCUCAAUUUGAUAGCUGGACAAGUAAAUAUAGGUGAUUAUAUCCCCUGUCUUGGAUGGAUUAAUCACAUCAAUGGGAUGGAGAAAAAGGUGAAUAGGGUUGCCAAGGAGGUUGAUGAAUACUUAGAGGGUAUCAUUGAACAAGGUCUUAAAAAGCAAGAGACAAACGAAGUGGAUGUUAAUGGAGAAGGGCAGCAGAACUUCUUGGAUGUCUUGCUUCAACUGCAACGGGAAGAAAAUGCCAAUCUUCAUCGUGAUUCGAUUAAAGCUAUUCUGCUGAAUAUGAUGCUUGCUGGUGCAGAAACUACGUAUUCACUUAUGGAGUGGACAUUUUCCCAGCUAAUGAGAAAUCCAAAUGUUAUGGCUAAGCUACAAGGUGAGGUGAGACAAAAACCGGGUCGAAAAUUAGGUCAGAUGAUCACUGAAGAUGAUUUAGACAGUCUACCUUACCUUAAAGCAGUAAUCAGAGAGACUCUCAGAACAAAUCCUCCGGUUACAUUGUUGAAUCGAGUAUCAAAAGAGGCUGUCAAGAUUAUGGAAUACGACGUUGCAGCUGGAAGUGAAGUGUUCAUAAAUGUCAAGGUAAUCGGGAGAGAUCCUCUCUUAUGGGAAGAAGCUGAUGUAUUCCGACCAGAGAGAUUCUUGAAUAGCCCUGUUGAUGUGAAGGGACAACAUUUUGAAUACUUACCAUUUGGUUCUGGAAGGAGGAUUUGUCCUGGUUCAUCACUUGCUCUAACAACUGCUCAGUUGACACUUGCUAAUUUGAUUCAUAACUUCAACUUUGCAUUACCUAACAAUGCAAAACCAGAUGAAUUAGACAUGUCGGAAGGCCAUGGCAUGGUGACGAAAAGGAAGAUCCCGUUGGUUCUAGUUGCAAGUCUACCUAGUUCGUAGGUUCAGCUGUAAUAUAUUGUAUUGUACUUAUUUUGGAGACAUUACUUUAGUCUUCCUGGAAAAAAGAUAUUCAAUUUAAUAGUCUUCAAUGCUUAGUCAAGGCAUUUGUAAAUUUCGUAGCUUGCAUUGAUGGGUUUGUAGUUUAUACCACGGUGUAGUCCUAUCCUAUCAGUUUAGUUCUUACUCAUUGUAUAAUAAAUAAGAUUACUUUUUGUUA